AAGGGCGGCGGAAGUGACGUCGGGAGAGUGGUCGCGGCUGGGGCUCGAGCGGCGAUGGACAAUUCGGCCAAGGAGCGGGAGGCAAUGGGCCUGAUGGCCGAGGCCGAGAAGAAGGUCCGCUCGGCCCGAUCCUUCAUGGCGUCCUUGUUCGGGGGAUCGUCUAGAUUAGAAGAAGCAUGUGAAAUGUAUGCCAGGGCUGCAAACAUGUUUAAGAUGGCCAAAAACUGGAGUGCUGCAGGUAAUGCCUUCUGUGAGGCUGCUAAACUCCACCUCCACUUGCAGAGCAAACAUGAUGCAGCUACAAACUUUGUGGAUGCAGGAAAUGCCUUCAAAAAAGCUGAUCCCCAAGAGGCCAUUAAUUGUUUGAACAGGGCUAUAGAGAUUUAUACAGAUAUGGGUCGGUUCACAAUUGCAGCGAAGCAUCACAUAUCAAUAGCGGAGAUUUACGAGAGCGAGUUGGUGGACAUCGAGAAGGCAAUUGCACAUUAUGAGCAGGCAGCUGAUUAUUACAAAGGCGAAGAGUCUAACAGUUCUGCAAACAAGUGCUUACUGAAAGUCGCUACAUAUGCUGCGCAGCUUGAACAGUAUCCCAAAGCUGUAGAGAUAUACGAGCAGGUAGCCACUACAGCCAUGGACAGCCCGCUCCUGAAGUACAGUGCGAAAGAAUAUUUCUUUAAAGCUGCUCUCUGCCACUUCUGUAUUGAUAUGUUAAAUGCUAAGUUGGCAGUUUCGAAAUAUGAGGAAAUGUUUCCAGCUUUCUCCGAUUCCAGGGAAUGCAAACUGGUCAAGAAGUUGCUUGAUGCUUUUGAAGAACAGAAUGUCGAUGGCUACACCGAUGCAGUGAAGGAGUAUGAUUCCAUCUCUCGGUUGGACCAGUGGUUGACUACAAUGCUUCUACGCAUCAAGAAGACCAUUCAGGGAGAAGAGAGUGAUUUGCGUUAAGGAGUAGCAGUUCAUUAUACAUGACAACUGAAGCGGGGGGAGAAACGUCAAAACCUAACCAGUGAGGGGGUGGGGAGUGUAGGAUGGAUAAAAGUUCUAAAAAUCAAAAACUAUAGAAUGCCAAUCAGAACUGCAGUGUCCUUCCAAAAUUGGAAGUGUUUGGACAAUUGUUUUGCAUUUACCAGUCAUGCUCCCAGAUUCACUGGGCACGUGCUCUGCUUCCUGAAACAAUCCUGUUGUAAGCUAAACUUUCGCUCCCCCUCUUUUUUUAACUCUCCUUCUCACCAAAUUUGUGUAUAAAUGCUGUUUGCCUGUUUUAAAUUUAUAGCAUUAACUUGACACAUAACAAAAAUAACUUUAAGCAAAGCUGAGGUCUACAGUGAAACUAGAGAAAGAGAAAAAAUGCCUGGUGAUUGCACAGUCCAUCAGCAUGUGUGUUUGAUCUGCUAAUCUAUUAAUAAAAAUAACUCCUGAAAUCCCACCUAAAAACUGGAGUGUGGGCCUUUGGGAUUGUCUUUAGCAGUGAUUCCAGCUGCAGUCAUAGCUAGUUGUCCUUUGCUAUCUAAGGCUCAUGUGCAUUCCUGCUGGGACUGGUUAGCCCAGAGAGUAAGAGAAAUGAUUUUUGGCGAUAUUGGCCCAAAUAAUGGGUGGUGUUGAGGGGAGGGGUGAUAUUGUCCUGGUGGUAAAUUAGACUGCACCCAUGUUUUAACCUGAAAUUUCUUUGUGUGCUACUCAGCGAGUGCUAUUGAAUAUUUUCUCCAGUAUUUAAUUGCUCUUUUUGGGUGCAUUUAAGGGCAGCAAUUUUUCCCAGCCUGUGCAGACAUGUCUGCACAUUACUUAGAGCCCUCAGGGCAAUGUACAUUUACUGUGCAAGGGAGUUUAAUGGGUGAAGCCCAGAUCUUAAAUGGGGAAGUGUAUGUGUGUGUGUGUGUGUGUGCCGGUUAGACAUACAGCUGAUUGCAACCAUUGUAAAAAUGCACAAUAUCAUUAUAAUUUUUAAAUCUGAAUAAAUGAAGUUUUGCCCAA